AUGGAGGGCCCUGGACAGGCUGCAGAGGUGGCUGAGGAGAGCCUUAUGAUGUUCGUUAAGGCCAAGGUCCUGCACCUAGUGAGGGCGCAGCCGUCGCCGUCACCGCCCCCUCUCCGCCUGUGGAACGCGGCUCGCUCGGGCUCGGUCCUCUCUGGCAGCACCGGGCGCUCCCAUUGGUCUUCUAUCGCCCGGCCAAUCAGCGGCGGCGCUGUGGGGAGGUUGCGGCGCGUGGAGCGGCAAUGCUGCAGCCGCAGCAGGCCUGGCCGGGCCGCUCUGUGUGUGUGGCAGCUGCGGCGCCAGGCUCGGCAGCGCCGCGAGUACCUGCAGCGCCGAGCGCAGGAGGAGCAGCUGCGGCGGCAGGAGGAGAAGAAGCAGAAACUGAGACAGGCUCUGGAUGAGAACCGUCUGCUGCCCACGGAGCUGCGGCGCGAGGCCUUGGCCCUGCAGAAGGAGCUGGAGUUGGACACCCCAGGGCUGGAUGGCACAGGCAGCCAGGACGAUGAGUACCGCUGGGCAGGCCUGGAGCCCCCCAGGGUGAUGGUGACCACCUCUCGGGAGCCCAGCUCACGGCUCCGCCUCUUCGCCAAGGAGCUGUGCCUAUUGCUGCCGGGUGCCUGGCGCAUGAACCGCGGCCGGGCGGAGCUGGGCGCCCUGGUCGGGGCCUGCCAGGCCGCGGGGGUCAGCGACCUGCUGGUGGUGCACGAGACCCGCGGCAGCCCCGAUGGGCUGCUGCUGUGCCACCUGCCCCACGGCCCCACCGCCCACUUCACCCUCAGCGGCGUCGUCCUGCGGCAGGAGGUUGGGGGCCUGGGGGGGGCUCCCCUGGCUGCCCCCCACCUGCUGCUGCUCCACCUGGACUCCCCCCUGGGCCGAAGGGUUGGGACCAUCCUGAAGCAUCUCUUCCCGGUGCCCCGCCCGGACAGCCGCCGCGUCGUCACCUUCGCCAACCAGGACGAUGUCAUCUUGGUCAGGAACCACAUCUACAAGCGCCGGGGCAGGACGGUGGAGCUGGAGGAGGUCGGACCCCGGUUCCAGCUGCACCCCUACCUGAUCCGCCUGGGCACGCUGGAGCAGGGCGAUGCUGCCGACGUCGAGUGGCGCUGGCACCCCUACACUGCCACCGCCCCCAAGCGCCGCCUGCUCAGCACCACCUGAGCUGGGCCUGGGCACCCUCC